CCAAAUAAAUUAGGUUAAUAGAAUACAACGACAAAUGAUUAGUAGUUUAGUACUCACCGAGCACAAGUUCGAGCCAUAAAAAAGUAAAAUUUACUCAACUCCAUAUGACGAGAAACUAAACCAACAUGCAUUUGUUGACGAAAUUAGCGCCAACUUUAAUCUCAAGAUCUCUUUCUUUCUCCUACUCCAUGGCUCCACACCCAAAUUCCACCAUUUUUCUUCACAAUCUCAAAAAUUACACUCUCAUAGCAGCGACAGCAAAAGCUUCUGAAUCGAAUGACGAGUUUCCAAUCAAUCAAACGUCUUUUGAAAGAACCCCACAAACCAACCUAAUUGACAAGGUUCAAUACUUGCUAUCAAAUUGCACAUAUUUACUUCAACUUCGUCAAAUUCAUGCUCAUAUAAUCAGAACCCAUUACUUAGAAUCAAACAAUAGUUCAUUUUAUUGGAACAAUAUCAUAAGAUUAUACACUAGAUUAAACUCCCCAUGUUAUGCUUUUCAUGUUUACAUUUUUAUGUCUAAAGAAGGGGUCCCACCUGACCGUUAUACUCUGCCCAUCACCAUUAAAGCUGUUGGACAAGCUUACUCUUUGAAAACGAGCCAGCAGCUUCAUGGGGUUGCAAUUUGUCAUGGGGUUGAGGAUGAUGAGUUUGUUGAGAGUGGGUUGAUUAAUAUGUACGUGAAAGCGGGAGAGUUUAGGGAUGCGUACAAGGUGUUUGAUGGGAGUCCUGUGAGAAACUUGGGUUCUUGGAAUGCUAUCAUUGCCGGGUUGGCCCAAAGUGAGCGUUAUAGGGAUGCUGUAGAUGUGUUUUUAAGGAUGAGGAGAAGUGGGUUUGAGCCGGAUGGUGUGACAAUGAUUAGUGUUGUUUCGGCGUGUGGGGGGUUAGGGGAUUUGAGACUAGCUCUUCAAUUGCAUAAGUGUGUUUUUCAAGUGAAAUGGAAAGGGGAAGAGAAGGUUAUGAUGAUGAAUUCAGUCAUUGAUAUGUAUGGUAAAUGUGGGAGGAUGGACUUGGCUAAUUGUGUGUUCUUAGAAAUGAAUGAACAAAAUGUGUCGUCUUGGACAUCCAUGAUAGUAGGGUAUGCCACUCAUGGCCUUGCCAAGGAAGCUAUGGAGUUCUUUCAUGCCAUGAUAGAAGCUUGUGUGGUGCCUAACCAUGUGACUUUUGUUGGGGUGUUGAGUGCAUGUGUGCAUGGUGGGAAGGUCGAUGAGGGGAAGCGUUGCUUUCAAAUGAUGAGGAACUUAUAUGGGAUCGAGCCAAACGUGAAACAUUAUGGAUGCAUGGUGGAUUUACUUGGUCGAGCAGGAUUGCUAGAGGAGGCAAGAAAUAUGGUGGAAACGAUGCCCAUGAAGCCUAAUGGGGCGAUAUGGGGGUGUUUGUUGGCAGCAAGUGAGAGAUACAAUGAUGUAAAGAUGGGAGAAUGGGUAGCUAAGCUUUUUCUCGAGCUGGAGCCAUGGAACGAUGGGGUUUAUGUCGUUUUAUCAAACAUAUAUGCUAGUAGAGAUAUGUGGGAGGAAGUCGAAAAGAUGAGGGAAAUUAUGAAACAGAGAAGAUUGGGUAAGCUUCAAGGUUAUAGUUCUGUGACACUCAGUAUAAUCAAUUGAAAUAUUGACCCUUAUUUUUCUGAACACGUUUUUCUGUUGCUAAUUGAUUGUUGUCUGAUCUUUCACAAAUUUUUGAA